AUGCUGUUUGUAGUCACUCUAAUCACGAUUGCCAUUCCAUCAGCAUCAGCAUGGUAUUUGCCUGGAUCAGCACCUCGAACAUACACAAAAGGACAAGCUGUUCCUUUCAGCGUUAAUGCUCUUGAGCCAAUGGCAAUGGCACCCGGAGCGGGAACUGGAUCAAAUGCACACAUUAAAUCUAUCAUCAAUCUAGAUUACUAUAAUGAACAUUUACACUUUUGUCAACCAAAAGGCGGUCCACAAGCCAAAAGCGAAGGUUUGGGAUCAGUCUUGUUUGGAGAUCGGAUAUACAAUAGCCCAAUUGAGCCAAGAAUGCUGGUAAAUGAAACUUGUGUUCAAGUAUGCACAACGGAUGUUCCUUCAGAAGAUGCAAAGUACAUCAAUGAAAAGAUCGAAGAUCAAUAUGCUGUCAGAUGGCUAGUCGAUGGUCUGCCAGUGGCCACAAAGAAGAUCGCCGAUCGGACACACGAGUUCUUCUAUGCUAUUGGUUUCCCCCUUGGACAGCUAUACGAUGAAGCAAAUAUGGGACUCAACCCACCAGCAUUAAACAAUCAUCAUGAUAUCUACAUCGAGUAUCACAAAAAGGGAGAAAACGAAUUCAGAGUGGUAGGAGCAACAGUAAUUCCCUCAUCCAUUGACUCUUUGGGAGGAGGACGAGACACUAAUGCAGAUUGCUCACGCACGGGUAUCCUGCAAUUGAAUCAGAACUUGCAAACACAAAAGAUUGCAUACACCUACUCUGCACGCUGGAUCGAAAGUUCAACACCUUGGGCUACGAGAUGGGAUAAUUACUUGAGGGUAUUUGAUCCCAGAAUUCACUGGUUUGCUCUGAUCAACUCAAUUAUCAUCGUCGCCUUCCUGGUUUUGAUGGUAGGAAUGAUUCUAGCACGAUCAGUCUCGAGAGAUAUCAGUCGAUACAAUGCAAUCGAUCUUGAUGAAGAUGUGCAAGAGGAAUACGGAUGGAAACUCGUUCAUGCAGAUGUCAACCGAACACCACCAAGGCCCACGCUUCUGUCAACCAUGAUCGGAACAGGUACACAGCUGGUCGCCAUGUCACUCGUCACACUCGUUUUUGCGCUCCUUGGAUUCCUGUCACCCUCUAAUAGAGGUAGCCUGGGAACUGUGAUGGUGGUCACUUGGUGUUUCUUUGGAGGAGUAGCAGGCUACUUUUCUUCUCGUAUCUACAUCUCACUCGGAGGUGACAAUUGGAAGCAGACUGCAUUCUUGACUGCGAUCUUGUUCCCUAUGAUCAUCUUUACCAACAUUUUGAGUCUAAACUUCUUCUUGUUGGUAUCAAAUAGCUCCGGGGCAGUACCAUUCGGAACAUUGCUUGCAUUGAUUGCACUGUGGUUCUUGAUCAAUGUGCCUUUGGUCUUGAUCGGUAGUGUGAUCGGUAUCCGACAAGGAGGAUGGAAGAAUCCCACAAAGGUGAACACGAUCCCACGUCAAAUUCCUCCAACGAUUUGGUACCUGCGUCCGUUCACAAGUGCGAUAAUGGCUGGUAUCUUACCAUUUGGAGCAGCAUUUCUGGAACUAUUCUUUGUGAUGAACAGUCUGUUCGGUACAAAGGUGUAUUAUGCAUUUGGAUUUUUGACCUUAACGUUUGUCGUUACGGCAUUGACUACGGCAACAGUGACAGUACUGUAUGUCUACUUUGCCCUUUGCGCAGAAGAUUACAGAUGGCAAUGGAGAGCAUUUUUAACAGGAGGAGGAUCUGCGUUUUGGUUGUUCUUGUACGGUCUAUUUUAUUGGAUGACAAGAUUGGAUUUGGAUGGAUUCAGUAAUCGAGUUCUUUAUCUAGGUUAUCUUUCCAGUCUAACACUUUUGGCAUUUUUACUUUUCGGUACGAUUGGAUGGUUAGCAAGCUUUAUCGCCAUUCGAGCAAUGUACAAGAGCGUUCGAGUUGAUUAG